UUAUUCAUGAAAAUUCGAGUGGUACAUGUAUUGUUGGGUUUCUAAUUAAACUCUCGAGUCUUGAUCUCUUGUUUAUUUUAUCUUUAAAAUAAUGUGUAUUUAACUUAUGACCAUGCAUGACAAAGAAAGUUUGAUGUUGAUAUACAUAUCUACUUCCAGUCUUGGUGCCUGUGGCCAUUGUUUCCUACUUUCUACAUCUUUUGGUCAUAUGAACGAGGCCUCUUCACUUCCUUUUUGUAUGUUGGGUUUCUUUCUUCUCUGGAACUGUGCAAAAGACCUAUCUACUCUCUUGUGCUCCUUCGCUAAUCUCACAUGAAAUUCGCUCCUCUCAAACCCCUUUUAGAAUCUAGGGUUGUCCUGUCUUAUGGUGCAUCACAUGAUCGUAAAAUCUAGCUGGCUGAGUAAUUAUAACUACGAGAGUGCCUUUCUUGGAUUAUAUAUUGAAUCCAUUCCUGGAUUUUGCUUUGCUUACCAUUGAUCUCUACGAAAAAUAGGUUCUUGUCAUCUUCAACACUUUUAUAUUCAGCUUUUGGCCUCUCCAACAAAAACUUACCUCUAUCUCCUCCUCUCUUUAUUUCCAUUUUUUUCUUUUCUUUAUCUUUUUAUUUUAAUGUCAAGUGCACAUUAGCUAGCUAGUUUGCCACAGAUUGGCUUUCACGGUCUCAGUGGAUGGUCAUGUGGGUAUGCCGUGGACUACGUGAAUAGGGUGGGUCAGAUUACGUACUUUUAUUUUUUGUAGAGGAGAAGCUUUGGCAGACAUGGGCAAGCUCAGUCUUGGCAAGGUGUUGGACUGCCUUUGUUUUACUACUCCAGGCUCAAGUUGCUCUUGUUUCUGCAUCAAUUCAUUGGAUAGUCAAGACGAUGACUUUGAGAAAAAACCGUUGAUACCUAGUGACAAGGGCAGGUUGGUGAGGUUGAAAGAUGUUGUUGCUGAUAACCAAACAUUGGCCUUUCAACUGAAGCCCAAGAUGGUAGUGCUAAGGGUGUCCAUGCACUGCAAUGGCUGUGCAAGGAAAGUUAAGAAACAUGUUUCAAAGAUGGAAGGAGUGAGCUCAUACAAAGUAGACCUGGAAAGCAAGAUGGUAGUCGUUAUUGGAGACAUAAUUCCCUUUGAAGUGCUGGAGAGUGUCUCAAGGGUAAAAAAUGCUGAGCUCUGGAAUUCUCCAUCCUCAUGAUCGAUGCAUAACGUUUUGGUCCCUUUUCUACCAUCCUCACAGAGGCCUGAAAAAUACAAAGGAACACAACUCUUUUUCAGUAAUAUAUAGUUUUUAAUUAAGAUCUCGUUUUAUGUACUAUAAGUUCAUACGCAUGUCAAGCUUCCAUCUAUUGUCUUGUUCUCUUCAGUUGAGAGAGGAAACUGUAAUAUAUAUUUGAACUCUGAAACUGUUAUCUUUUUUAUGUACUACUAGAUAGUUUCCCCA